AUGGAGAGCGCGGCCAAGCGCAAAGCCGCGAGUGCUGCAGCGGGCGACCACGACGGGCGCCCUGCGAAGCGACAAAAAGGGACGGCCGAGACGCCCAAUUCCCGAUCUGAGACGGUCGAGUCGACCACGACGGCAGGCUUGAAGUUCCUCGACAGCUUGAAGCAGGCCAAGGACAAGACCGGACGCCCCAUCGCCGUCCACUUCCUCACUCUCCCCGUCAAGACCGAGGUGCCCGACUACUACGAAUUCACGAAACUGCCCAUUGCUAUUGAUACCAUCGAGAACAAACUCAACAACGGCGAGUACGCGUCCCUAGCUCAAGUCGAGAGCGACUGCAAACGACUGGUCAACAACGCAAAGGCCUUCAACGACAAGAACUCCGUCAUAUACCAAGAUGCCGAGCGUCUACGCAAGACCGCCUCCAACUGGAUGGUCAAGCACAAUCCCGCUUACCGUGACGGCAACUAUGUCGCAACAGCCACCCCGAUCCCAGGCGAAGACAACUCCACCCCGUCGAAACCUUCCCCCCGCGUUACCUCGACCCCAAGAACCGCCCACGCACAUACACCUGCCACGCAAGAUACAGCCGACCGCCCUCGACGCGCGGCCGCCAUCGCGGCGUCGGCUACACCAGCACCGUCAAAGUUGCGACAGUCGGCGUCUGCUGCGCUGGAGGAGGACGAUGAUAGUGCUGAUUAUGCAGGCAAGACAUUCCAGCAGGCACAGGAGCAGAUUGUGAGGGAGAUCCUUGAUUAUGAAGACCAAGGACUGCAGAUAUUCCUACCCUUCCAGAACCUCCCGUCGCGCAGCUUGAAGGACUACUACCAGCUGAUCAAAGACCCCAUGUCGCUGGCCGCCAUACAGAAGAAGGUUCGCGGAGUAGUGGGACGCGAGGCUCCGACAGGCCAUACACUGUUCAAGAGCUGGGACGCUUUCGAAGAAGCUUUCAGUCUGAUUUGGAAGAAUGCUCGUAUCUACAACGAAGAUGGUAGCGACAUCUACAACCUCUCGCUCGAGCUUGAAGAAAUCUUCAACAAGAAACUCGAAGAAGCCAGAUCCAAAGUCAGCGAGCCAACGCAACCGAAGCUGAAGCUUAACAUGUCCAGUGCCGCAGCGGCUCCAAAACAGCAGCUCAAGCUGAAGCUGAAGCCGAGCCCGGGAUCAGAGCGUAACACUCCAAGUGCUCGCGAUUCUGCGACGCCCGGUGUCAUUGUUGACAACGACGCUCUUCAGCGACAACAACGACAUGUUCUCGAUAGCGUGGGCAACCGAUUAUCUCAAGCCCCACCUGGGAAAGCCGCGACGCCAACAGCACCUGCCAAUCCCUUCACUGGACCGAGAGGUGGUGCUUCGUCGAUUGCACCACUCUCUGCCGCCCAGAACAAAACCGCAGGAUCACCGCCCGCCGUCAACGGUGUCAAGCAAGACGUCCAAUCCCCUGCCCUGAGUGCCAUCAGGCCGGCCAGCACCGCACCGGAUAGCCAGGCUGCCCGACUCAGCGUCCCAGCGCAGACUCCACAUCCGAGCAUGGCCCCUCCACAGAGUGUGUCUCGCCAGGCAAGCGGCAGUCCACAUCCGAACGGUAUUGGGCUGCAGAAUGGAAAUCACGUUCCCUCAUUCCAAACGCCAACUUACUACGCGCCUCCACCAGUAGCCCGCGUAGAUAGUUUCAGAAAGGUGCCACUCAAGAGCGUCGACGAAGCACUAAUACCGAAAAUCACACUCAACACCCACCCAGCGCUUAACCCGUCGAAGCCAUGGUCUACGAGCAUCCUGGCGAACAAACAAAAAACCAUGUACAGUGCCACGAUGGUGGUCGCACCAUCCAACUCUUACAUUCAAGUUGUACCCAAGGUCCCUAUCGCGCUUACAAGCCGGAUGUACCGCCUCUUUGUCACUGUGAAUGGCAAUAAGACACUCGAAGCGAAUCGUGUUCCUGUCACGGCAGGCAUCAACGGCACAAGCCCAAGUCCCAGCUACGAGGGUGGCAAGAAGAAGGGCGAGCCACUGUUCGAAGCGAAACUCGUAGCUGGCGUCAAUCGUAUCGAGGUUGAGAUUGUCGCAGAGAAGGAGCGCAAGGUUCAGUCUGAGAGUGGCACUGCAAAGAAAGAGGAUGUCGAGAUUGAGAAGUGUACAAUCUUCCUACAUUUACCUCGGCAACCGACGCAUUAG